AUGAGGGUCACCGCCAAGCAGAGGGCAGCGAGGGUGGCAAAUCCCUCUAAGAAAACCAACAGCUCCUGGGCUGUGGGGCUGGCCUGGCACAGAGGCUGGAAUCUUCCUGUCCCUGGAGCACCUGGUCGCAGCGAGGCGUGGGGGAGGCGGGCGAGCCCCAGGGGACCCUGCCACCUGGAGGCCCUGGUCACUGGACAGGCUCCGACAGCUCCCCGCGCUCGGGGUCCUUAUCUAUACAGCGGAGCGCUUCUGCUCCUGCCACCCAACUGGGCCACACACAAUGCUUGUCUGGGGACAGAGUAUCUCACAGAGGUCAGAGCAGCUCAUGUGCCUCUAAGCUCAGCACGGGCUUCCCUUCCCAGAGGAGCCUCUGACACAACAGGACAUGGGCAGCACCUUUUAAACUCACUGUCCACUCCCAUCUGCUCCUCACCUACUCGGCCUGUGUUACCUGUGUCAGGAGGGCUUCACUGUCUACCCCAGAACCCGAGCCAGAAACCUGCAGGCCAGGCUAGCUACUGCCCUUCCCUAAGGCCUCUCAUCACCUCAAUGACCAGAUGCCUGUGGUUGCAUGUGCACCUCCCAGCCUCUCCUGGGAGCUCCAGGACCAUUCCUUCUGCCCCCCUCAGCCCCCUCCGGCUGGCUGGGAAGGGCCUGGCUGCUCACUUUGCCUGUCUCACACCUUCGAAUGGAUCUAAAUCACAAAAGUGACCAUGUUACUUCCUGCUGAGGUCCCUUCGCUGGCUCUCCACACUUCUGGAUGAUGUUCUAUGUGCCUCACAAGUUGUACAGAUGGUAGGAUCUGCCUCCUGCUCAUCACUCUGCAGGCUGCCCACUGACUUGACUCUGGCCACACGGAGCCACUUGCAUUUCCCUAGAUGUGCCUACCUCCCACUGUUGGGAGGCAGCAAAGCAGAAUGGCCCCAGAAGGGGCAAAUACCUCUUCACCUUUAAGACCCAGGGCAAGCAUCCUCUUCUCUACAUAUUUCUUCUUCUUGAGUCCCCAGUAGGACUCCUUCUUUCGUACCACUGUGCAGGCCUUCGGCUCAGCAUUCGUCGCCUGCUGCUGGCCUCCUGAAUUUCCACAUCUGCAAGCUCUGUACAGAAAUGCACAGGCCCGGUCAGCCUCGGAUGCUGGAGGCUGAGGAGGAAGUUCUGAAACCAGAAGAGUCCAUCCCAAGGAAAAAAUUAAAAAAAAACAAAAAAACAAAAAAAAAAAACUUGCAUCAAGAUGAUCAUUGUAUGGAACAUAACAAAGCAAGGAGAAAGUUUUAAAAUUAAGUUUCUCUGGAGAAGAGACAGAUACGGAAAAGGGAGACUAGGAUAAACCCAAUUGGACUAGAGUGGAAGUAUCCGUGUGAAUUCAUGAUUUCUAAUAUCUAAUUCUUUAUGUCAUCUCUCUUUCUCUCUGUUGCUAUAUAGAUCUUUAUCCUUCCUUAUUUUCUUGUCUGGCUGCCAAGAGCCUAGAAGCAAUGACGCUGCAGGAGAAAUGAGCAUUCUCCGGACCCAGAUCUUGGGUUUCUUUUUAUUUUCUUUCUUUUUUUAAAAGAUUUUAUUUAUUUAUUUAUGAGAGACAGAGAGAGGGAGAGGCAGAGACACAGGCAGAGGGAGAAGGAGGCUCCAUGCAGGGAGCC